CAUCAUCAUCAUCAUCGAUAAUCAUUAUGAAGAAUCAUAAAUUGCGAAGAAAAUAUCGAAUGUUAAAUGAAUGUCACAAUAUAAUCCAUAUAAAAUGUACAACGAUGUUGGCUUUGAUAACGACAAUUUUUCUGGUCAUUUCAUUAUUGCCUCUCAUCAACACUGCUCCAUUCCAUACAUAUGGUCGAUUCCGUUCACCGAAAGAUAAAGGCUGUUAUUAUUUAUUAAAACAUUAUGAAAAUGGUGAACAAGUAAUGACGAAUGAACCAUGUUUAAAUUGUACAUGCACCAAUAGUAUGUUGAUGUGUUAUCUACGUGUUUGUCCGUUCAUUAAACCGCUUGGUGAAAAAUGUACUAUUGAAAAAAAUGAUGGUGAAUGUUGUCCAUCGAUCACUUGUCCUGAAGAUUCAUUGAUCGAUGAAACAACAACCACAAUGAUGACAACGACCACAACAACAACAACGACGACGACUACUACAACCACAACUGCUAAACCACCGGUUGUAUCGGUUAAGCAGGGUUGUGAAAUCGAUGGAUUUCAUUAUAGUGAUGGUGAUCUAAUACCAUCGGAUCCAUAUAAACCAUGUGAAAUAUGUUAUUGUAUACAGAAUCAAUCAAUGUGUACAUUACAGGAAUGUCAUCUACAAGGUGUUACCGGUUGUCAACCGAUUUAUCAGAAAAAUACAUGCUGUCCAGUCAGAUAUAAUUGCUCAACCGAACAAGGCAAAGAAAUGCGUUAUACAACACAACGACCUCCAACCAAUUGGUUUGAUCAGGCGACUAGCAACAACAAAUCAGCAGGAUGCCAACAUGAUGGUAAAUUUUAUGAAGAUGGUGCACAAAUACCAUCAAAAGAUAAAUGUGAACAUUGCUAUUGUAUGCGUGAUGAAAUUGUAUGCGCCAUACAAGAAUGUCGGCCACCUUGUGAUGGCUGUAUACCCAUCUGGACGGAUAAUGAUUCUUGUUGUCCGGAAAAAUAUGAAUGCUAUCCACAAUUUACGAUCUACAAUGAAUCGAAUCGAACAAAAACAUUUACUACCAACAUUGGAAAUGAAUUUGGUAUGAAUAACAGUGCAACAAAACCACAUCAUCAUCAUCGAUUACCGGCACCGAAAGUUGAUUUAUCAUUAGAGCAACAACAACAAAAUCUAUUCAAUCAUCCUAAAGAUAUUAGUAUUACGAAAAUAUUAUCGGAAACAAAAAGCAACAAAACGCUAGUCAAAAUAAUCACCAAUGGAGAUAAAGUGACGAAAAAACCAACGAAUAAAAGGCCAAAAAUUAAACCAGGACUGAUACCUGGUGAAGGUGUUUGCCGAUAUGAAAAGAAAAUCUAUCAGAAUGGUGAAAAAGUUAAUUCAACAAAUCCUUGUAUUGAAUAUUGUAUGUGCAUCAAUAGUGUAGUGUAUUGUGAUGAAAUUGUUUGCCAAGUAGAUCUGGGUAAAAAACAAAACAAAAAUUGUAAAGAAAUACAUUAUAAGAAUAGAUGCUGUCCACGUUAUGAAUGUCAUGAAUAUGAUAUUAUUGAACAGACGGAUAUCAGUGAUUAUGAUGUAACAGUCAAAAUUGGUACGAAAACUAAACAAAGACCGGUGUGGAAACCCGAAGCAGUGCCAACUGAAUCGAAACCAGAACCAACGACUGAAAUUCCAUUCGAAAUGACUACAAUCAUUGAACCAGAAUUGGUUAAAAUUGAAAAACCAGAAACAACUUCGAAAGCAACUAUUGAAGUGUUGGAAACAACCACUGUUAGUAAACCAGAAAUACCGCCAGUUGAAAUGAAACCAGCUUCGACUUUAGAACCAGAGAUCCAGACUACCAUUGCAACAUCAACGAUAAUUUCUGAAUCUACAUCAUUGCCAUCCGUUUCAGAAGAAAUGACGACAACCAUAUCAUCGAUUGCUGAAGAACAUUCAACAAUCGGAAUGAUGCCAGAUUUAUCACCUGGAUCAUCUGUAACGAAUGUUACAUUGCCAAAGGAAAAAGAAUUGAUUCAAUCAACAACUUCUUCACCACCAUUAACUGAAACAGAAAUGACCAGUAUCGUGACAGAACAAUCCAUCACUACUACCCCAAAAGCAGAACCGAAAAUAGGUCCUGAAGUCAAAGAAACUAUCAAGCCCGAAAUCGAAAUUGUAACAACUACAUCUUCAGAAAUUCCAGCCGUUGAAGUGGGCAUUGAAACAACUACGGCAAAAUUGCCUACAGCAGGUCUUGAAACUGGAAAAGAAUAUGAAACAAGUACCGUUGGAAUCGAAACAACAACACCAUCAGAAAUGCCUGUUGUUUCAGAAAUUACAACUACACCUUCAUCAGAAAUUUCCACGACCGAAACAGUUCCAAUUACAAGUACCGUUUCACUAGUCGAGGAUCAAAGAACAACAACUGAACCAGAAAUACCAGCAAUUCAAGUAGGUAUUGAAACUACCACUCCAUCUGCAGAAUCACCUACAACUGCUGGAUCUACUGAAAAAGAAAUGGAAACAAGCACUAUCGUGUCUGUCGAAACAACAACAACGACAACCAUUGCAGAUGUUUCAGAAAUAAGUACAGACACAACUGAAUCAACCAAGAUUUCCGUUACCGAAGAAUCGUCCAGUGCAUCAAUUCCAGCAGAACAAGUUACAAGCACAAUUUCGCCUGUUGUAACUGAAACAAAAGAACCAACGACAAUUGAAACUGCUGAAAAAGAAAUCACUAUUAGCACAACACCAUCGACAGUUGAAGAUGAAAUGACCACUAAACCAGUAAUGCCAAGCGUUGCUGAAAUUGGUGUUGAAACUACAACCACAACUGAAGUUUCAAUGACAACUGAAAGACCAGGCACCAGUACAAUCUCACAAGUUGAAGCGGAAACAACAGCCAAACCUUCUACUGUUUCAGAUAUCAGCGCUGAAACAACUACACCAUCUGAAAUUCCAGCUGUUGAAGCUGGCGUUGAAACAACAACUCCAUCAACUUAUACAACGAGUACGAUUGCUCCUGUUGAAGGCGAAACAACGCCCGAACCUGAAAUGACCACUGUUGAAGAUAUUGGUGUCGAAACAACAACGACAACAACAUUGGAAGUUUCUACAACCGAAGGACCAUCCAUCGAGGCAUCAACUUCAAUAGAACCAGAAGUUCCUCCUGUUAAAGUUGGUAUCGAAACCACCACCACAUUACCAACAGAAUCAUCCGCAACCGAAAUAUCAUCUGAAAAAGAACCGACAGCAACUACUAUUUCUCCCGAAAUUACAACAACAACAGAACCUGUUGUUUCAGAAAUCAGCGCUGAAACAACAACCAUAACCGAAGAACCAAUCACUAGUACUUUUUCAUCUCUUGAAACCGAAGGAACCACUGAAUCAAGAAUACCGGUUGUUCAGGUGGAAGGUGAAACUACUAGUACCACAGCUUCAACAAUAGCCGAAACGUCAACAACUUCAGCUACUUUUGUAACCGAAACAGAAUUACCAGAAAGAAUCACAAUAAGUGAUAGACCAAUAGGAGCUGGUGAUGAAUUUGAACAUACAACAAGAGAACCAGAAAUUCCUCCAGUCAAAGUUGGUAUUGAAACCACCACCACACUACCAACAGAAUCAUCAGGAGUUUCGUCUGAAAAAGAACCGGCAACAAGUACUAUUUCUCUCGAAAUUACAACAACAACAGAACCUGAAAUGCCUACUGUAAAAGAAAUCGACUUGGAAACAACCACAGCAUCUGAAAUUAGCAAAACAACAGAAAGACCAACAACUGACAAAGAAAUCAUUACCGGCACACAAUCCACAAUCGAAAGUGAAAUGACGACGAAAACUACAACUUCAAGUAUUGGUGAAAUUGGUGUCGAAACUAUAACUCCAACAGAAAUUUCUAUUAUUGAAACGACUGUUGGACCGAUUGAUUCAUCAACUACAACAGAACCAGCUUCAAGUACCAGUUUACCUAUUGAAGGUGAGAUGACAACCCAUCCAGAAAUGCCAGCUGUAAAGGUUGGAAUCGAGACAACCACGCCAUCAGAUGAAAGUCUUGCAACUAGUGUGACUACGGAAAAAGAAACAGUUACAAGUACAAUAUCUCCUGUUGAAAUUGAAACAACAACCCAUCCAGAAAUGCCAGCUGUAAAGGUUGGAAUCGAGACAACAACGCCAUCAGAUGAAAGUCUUGCAACUAGUGUGACUACGGAAAAAGAAACAGUUACAAGUACAAUAUCUCCUGUUGAAAUUGAAACAACAACCCAUCCAGAAAUUCCAGCUGUAAAGGUUGGAAUCGAGACAACCACGCCAUCAGACGAAAGUCCUGCAACUAGUGUGGCUACGGAAAAAGAAACAGUUACAAGCACAUCUCCUGUUGAAAUUGAAACAACAACGCCAUCAGAAGUUGAAACACCUAUAACUGGCGGUGUAUCGACUGAAAUAGAACCAGUAACAGAAAUCCCAUCAUUGGAAGUAUCGAUCACCCAAGCAAUCGACAAAUCGACCAUUUCAACAGAAAUCAGUAUGGACACAACAACAACAAGGCUACCAAUUGAUACUGAAUCACCAUCCACCAAAAAACCAAAAGAAACUGAAAUUCCAAUUUCGGAAACUGAUCGUGCGACAACCUAUUCCCCAUUGAUUGAAGAAUACUCUACCAUUCAACCGAUAAGAGAAUCCAGUGUUUCUGUUUCGGAAAUUGAUAAAACUACACCAUCCCAACAUGAAUUGAUUUCUACAACAUCAACAUUAGAAACGGUUACCAAAGAAUCGACACAAAUAACAACUACGAUUGAACCUGUUGAAGUGGAAAUAACAACUCAACCAGAAAUGCCUGCCGUACAAGUCGGUAUUGAAACUUCCACCACACUAUCGGAUAUUUCCAUAACUGAAACAACCAGUGAAAAAGAAUCGAUUACAAGCACUGAAUCUCCGGUUGAAAGAGAACGUACCACUAUGAUUCCUGAAAAUGCUACAAUAACGGAAACUGAUGCUGAAACUACUGCCACGCAAGCAACAACAAGCGUGUCGACCGACAAAGAACCAAUAACAAGUAGCACUAUUUCUCUAGUCGAAAUCGAUAAAACAAAUGAACCAAAUGAAACUUUCACUCCAACGACCGAAUGGCCAACAACAAUUUCCAAAGAAAAAAUUGCAACCGUUUUACCGGAUAAAGAAACUGAAUUGCCCGCAGUUAAAAUCGGCAUUGAAACAACUACAACAAUUCCUUCAUUCACAUCUACCGAAAAAGAAACAGAAAUUAGCACUUUAUUACCAGAAAUUCCAGCUGUUCAAGUGGAAUUUGAAACAACAACAACUACUAAACCAUCACCAGAAUCACUUGCAACUACACUUGUAUCCACUGAUAAAGAACAGCCUACAACUAUUAGCGAAAUUGGUAUUGAUACUACAUCAGUACCGGAAAUUUCAAAAACCACCGAAAUUCCUUCCACCACUACUCUGUUAACUGAUAUCAGUAAAAUCCAAACAACAACAACAACAAGACCAACAACUUUUGAAACUAUUACUGGUGAACCAAUUGUCGAUUACAUAACCACCACUCGUAGACCGCUAACAAUGGUCAAUGAAUCUGCCACUGUCAUUUAUCCACCAACUAGUCUUGAACCAAUUAUUGAAGAUCAUUCUACAAUCGUUCCAUACCCACCCAUUGAUGGUGAUCAUACGAUCAUAAUUGAAUUGCCAUCUAAUAAGACUGAUAUGGCUCAAAUUGAAACAACCACUGCCUUUAUGGAUCAUCAUCCUGAAUUGUCCACCGUAGUAACUACUGAUUCAUCAUUAAUUAUUGAAGAUCAUUCGACAAUAAAACCCAUUUCACCAACCGAAUUUGUUCCAAUUGAAAUGAAUAAAACCGAGCCAAGUGAAAAGGGAUUAAUUCAUUUGACAUCGACCUUAUCUCCUGAAGAUAAUGAAACAAAGAUUCCAAUAGUCGGUGAAUCAGCAUUAACGACUAAAUUACCCGAUACAUCGCUCAUGAUCAAUGUGACUACACCUCAACCAGAAUUAAGUAAAUCAACAAAAUCAAUGAUAACGAUUGAACCAGAUACAAGUGAACCAGAAAGUUCUACUAAACCAUUUAUUAUCAGUAGCGAAGAACCUGAAGAAGAAGUUUGGACUGAUACACCAACAGUAAUCGUAACCGUACCUACAAUCAAUGAAAAUGUUACGAUAAUUUCUGAAUCGAAACAUGAAAUUAGUACGACAAAAUUACCAUUUUAUCCGGUUACAACUGGCACACAACAACAACAACAGCAAGAAGAAGAAGAAGAACAAAUUGAACAAGAAGAAGAACCGGAUGAAACAAUAGCACCAAGACCUGUAACACCGAAACCGGGAGUGAAAACAAAAUUGAAAAAACCAACACAACAACAACAACGACCAGAUGAUGGUGUAAAGAAACCAUCAUAUCGGCCAUCAUCAUCAUCAUUUACACCGUUCACUGAUCUUGGUGAUGGAUCUUGUGUAUAUGAUGGAAAAAUAUUUCAAUCAGCCGAACAGAUUCCUCGUCCACAUCCAUGUGAUUUUUGUUUCUGUUUCCGUGGUGAUAUUAUUUGUUUACAACAAACAUGUCCACCACCGAUUAAAAAUUGUAUGGAAACACAUAUCGAAGGAUUCUGCUGUCCACGUUAUGAAUGUCCUGUUGAUGCAACAACAAUGAAUAUGACAAUAUUCCAUAAUAAUAAUAAACGUAUGGCACGUUCAUAUAAUUCUGCCAUUUCAUCAUUAUCAUACAAAUCAACAACAUCAUCGACGACUACGACAACAACUACUACAACAAUACGCCCACCUCCAUAUUCGAUCUCGAUUAUUGAAAAGAAAGGUUGCCGUGUGAACGGUAUUUUCUAUGAAAUUGGAAAACGUAUCGAUAAAUCAAGUAAUGCUUGUCUUGAUUGUCGCUGUGAUCCAAUGGGACUUAUGAGAUGUGAUCCAUUGGAUUGUUCAUCAUCUUUUGCACCUUUACUAUUGCGAAUGAAUCGAAAUUAUUUUCUACAUAAGAAAUGAAUACCAAACAAAACAAUUACAAGGCUUCAUUUGUGUGCCAAAUUUAUCGUUUCAAAAUUUUGUGAUAAUUCACUUAUUAAUUAACACACACACACAGACAGACAUGCAGACAAAAUAUUCAAUUUUUUAAUCAUUUUUUUUAUUGGUAAUCAAAUACAUUGACACAACCCUCUUGAUAUUGAUCCUAUGGUCCUUUUAAUGAAAAAAAAACAAAACAAAAUCAUUUUGAAAGAUAAGUUGUCACAUUUUUGUCAAGUGCCUAGCGAAUGUCCAAAUUUUUUUACUUUUCAAAUUUGGUGAUGAUUUACUUUCCAUUCAUUUAUUGACAUUCUUGUAUUUUCAGCUUUUUAGUAUUUUUAGCCCCAACAAAAACCAAAAAAAAGAAAGAAAAAGAAAAACUUUAA